AGCCGAGGUGUUAUAAAUCGUCCAGUCAACGUCAGCCCGAAACACACAAUAGUCUACAUGAUCAGUUCAACAGUCGGCUCCUUUUGGUAAUCCAAAUUUCUGUGAACACAACAAAUAAAAAUCAAGUUUUGUACAUAUAUCGGCUGUUCAAAAUUCUUUGCUCAUGGAUCUUAACAAGGCCGAGAGCCAGAGGCCCGCCGAAGAGCGCCGAUCGGGUGGUCCGGACUUUCUGAGGACCCUGCUGCAGGACCUCCUGUGCUUCUUCGCCCUGCUCUCGGUGGCCCUGCUCAUUGUGGCCGGCAUCCUGUUCGUCGUGGAGGACGUCAGUCGCCUGCAGCAGCAGCGCCAGCUUCAGCACCGCCAGCUUCAGCACCUGCACCAUCGGCACCUGCCUCCGAACCAGAACGCCAACGACUCGGGGAAAGCGCCGCUUGAGGAGCCACCCAAACAGGGCCGGCGACGCUUCCAGCCACACGCGUGGAUUCGAUUCUUCGGCUGCCAGAAAAAGCAACCUCAAGAGCAGCAGGAAGAAGUCGAAAAGGAGGUGGAGCCCCCAAAACAGGACGACCAGGAGCAGCAUUCGUUCGAUCUUGUUCCCACCUAUCAGCCAGUGGAGCCCCUGCGACUCCGAGCUGGCGGAGACCACGUCGAGGCGGAAGUUGCCAACAAACGGAUGGACAGGGAAUUCCAUCAACAACUGGAUGGUAACUUCAACAAGGUGUAGGCUAACUGGCUCCUUUUCGGGCAUACGAAGUGUUUGAAUGUUCUUACUAACGCCCCUGCUGCUCCAGACUUUCGGAUAUUACCUGAUAGUUUUGUAAAGAAGAUACCGGGCUAGCUUCAACCAAUGUCGAUUCGGAGAUAGUACCGAACUUAUUUAACCAAUUCAAUUCGCCGUUACCCUUACCGUGCAUCAAGAGCUAGAACUCGAAUAAAAACAAGCAAGAGGUGAGGAAUCUAAAGCAACCCAAGUGUGUACAGCUUCCAGCUCCAAACUAUCCCUGAUUUGCCAUUUGUUGUAAAUUAUCACCCGGGCUACCUUCUUUGAAGCAGUUUCGGAUUAAAGUCUUACUAGUACUUUGGGUUGGCCAUCAAGAACUAUAACUAAAAUAUAACAUUCAAAAGGCGAAACGGCUUCGCGGUGUACGUGAAAAUGGGAAAAGUUUGCAGCUAAUAUAGUGGGAGUUAUUAGGCUUAAAAAAAUGUAGAAAGGGUUU